UUUUGGACUUUGUCUGCUUCAUCAGAGCUCUGUAGUCUGUAUAUAUAUAGAAACCUGAUUACCUGCUUAACAUACACUCACACUCCGGGAGAAGGAAACAAGAGACAUCUAGGGUCUGUUAGACAUCCAACCAUGAAGGUCUUUGUGGUUCUUGCUCUUGCUGUUUUUACUGGCACCCAAGCCAACCUGCUGUGGCAGGACCAGCCCAAGCCCAGUAUGGAGAUUGUGAAAGAUGCCUUCUGGGAUUAUGUCGCCAAGGCAACUCUGACAACUGAAGACAUUCUGAAGAAGAUCAGAGAGUCUGAAAUGGGGCAGGAAGUCAAUGCUAGGAUCUCCCAGAGUGCCGAUGCUAUCAGCCAGUAUGCUGUGACUGUUCACGCUCAGAUGACGCCUCUUACCCAGGAACUGCUGGCCAAGAUUUCUCAGGAGUCCGAGCAGCUGAAGGUCCGUCUGCAGCAGGACCUGAGCACCAUGAAGUCUCAGCUGGAGCCCUACAUCCAGGAAGUGAUGUCAAAUGUCCAGCAGCAGGUGGAGCAGCUGAAGAAGGAAGUGGCCCUCUACGCAGACAUGGACGCCGAGACUCUGAAAACCACUCUGCUGCAGAAGAGCGAGGAGAUGAAGGCCAGACUGGAGAAGACCAUGAUGGAGAUGCAGGCCCAGCUCGGACCCCAGGCUGAGGAGCUGAAGCAGAAAAUGGAACAGCACAUGCAGGAGUUCCAGAAGACCAUGAUCCCAAUGGCUGAGAAUUUGCAAGAUCAGCUGGUGCACAGAAGCCAAGAGAUGAAGGAGCAGUUGGACCCCUAUGCUGAGAACCUGAGGGCCCAGCUGACCACCCUCUGGGAGUCUUUUUCUAAGAGCAGCCAGUAAGACAUUUUGUCUGCUGAGAUCCUCAAAUCCCAAUUACACAAAGGACUUGCGAAAUUACUGUAAAAUGAUAUAUGUAAAAUGAUAUAGUUUGUAUUUUGUUGCCUUGUAUUUAUCCGUGUUGCUGAGUUUGAAAGAAUUUUAAAGAACUGAAAUAAAAAUGUUGUCCACAACA